AAUAUACCAAUGCAAUAUGAUAGAAUAUUUCUCUGAGGAGGUGUAUAGCCCAGAUCCAAAUGACUCUUCGCUUGCAAUACCUUAUACUGUGACGAAAUCCAUUGUGUUCAUACUUUUGGGUAGUGUAUUCGUACUCGUGGGAUACAUUUUCUGCAUUCUCGGCCAAUGCUUGAACAACAAAUCCCGAUUUACGUUGAUAGCAGGAGUAAUUUUUAUACAAACAGGUCUAGCAAUGCUGUGUGGCCUCAUAAUGUACAUCGCUGUUUUUAAAUCAGAAGUAGGCAGUAAGUUACGUCCAAAGUCCCAACUUCAACCAGCAUCUUUUGAAUAUUACUACGGUUAUUCCUUCAUAGUAUAUGUCACCGGAGUUGUUUGCACCAAAAUAACCGGAGUAUUCUCCGUUUUUCUCUUCAUAAAUAGAAGCCAAUACGAAUGGAAGAGAAAGCGACUGAUAGGUGCACCAAUAGUUGAUAAUUUUGUAAAUUAUACCGAGAGGAGAAUCAUGCAACAUCCACACCCAUGCAGAAUGCAUCCAGAAGCGUAUAUUAAUUCGAAUAGUGCCAUAGUUUACACGCCUUCAAUACCACACAACCACGUCGGUAAAGUUGCUUACACCGGCCAUUCUAGCACAUUACCCUGUACAUUACACCCCAGAAGAUCGCAAUCCAAUUCUCUCAAAGACGUAUCGUAUUUUCCAGACAUGUUCGCACCCUCAACCAUAUCGUAUAGAUUCCCUCACCACCUUAGUACGAAUAACAUUGAGAACUUAGGUGGAUUCCCGCGAGAUGCCACUACUAACACCGUCAGUACCACAGCCGAUAUAGACUAUGUUACCGACGAUUAUUCACCCAGUAUGCACGAACACGAAUUCACACGUUUCGACCUCGAAAGACCAAUUAGUUUUCGGGCACCGAGUGUUUCUAGUUUAAGUUUGAGAAGUUCCGAAAGGCAAAUGUAUCACACGGAUACGUUACGAAGGACUACCCCUGUUUAG